CAGUCGGAACAGCGUCCUCGACAGUCACGCAGGUUUUUCUGUCUAUUUUCCACUCGACGAUUUUUAAAACAAAAUCAAAAAUUACCAGCGCAACCCACGCGCUUUUUCUGAUUAACUCAGCGACGAGUCGACUAGUCGAGUUGGUUUGAUUCCAGGUAGUUUCUUUCCCAUUCAUCCCCAAGGAGAAGAAGAAGAAGAAAGAAAGAAACAAAUUUUUCGACUUUGGUUGUGUGUCCAUCAUCAGCGUGUGAGAGGAUUUUUGUUUUCCCCCAAAGUGUCAAAACUUCCGCAUCGCCGUUUUACAGAGAUCCAAACAACUGAUUUAAUUUUUUGGAAAAUAUUAAGUGACAUGGUGUUUGUUUGGACUUGACGAGUCUUCCUACAAAAGAUUAUACAUCCAGCACACUCCGGUCAGCUCACACAACAACAAAUGGCCGAAGGACAAAUCAUGCGAAUGUGCCACUGGACGAGAUGGCCGCUGCUGGCCGGCGGCAAUCACUUGAGGCCACUGCAACGCUCCGUCUACGUGCUGGUCGUCUGGACUUGCCUCUGCUACGGACUUUUCCAAAUUUCCAGUCACGGGUCGGGCGGAGGGGACUCGUCUUCCGGCGGAGGUGGGGCCGGCUACGCCGGCGCUGGACCAGUCAACUCGCGCCUACUCUUGCAGAAGGUGACCGAGACGCCGCUGACCUCUACGGCCGCUUCAAGCGGGGUGGCCGUCGGCACCCAGCCCAUCACCAGCACCGAUCCGGCCGCCCUCAAAAUCGACAAGCAGAAAAUCCCGGACGACGACGAGAUGGCCCCGUUCAUCCAGCAGCGGGUGCCCAACGUCCCGUUUGAAUUCUGGCUGCGCGAAAAGGCCAAAAUCUACGGCAAGAACCACACCUGUGCAUUCUAUCCCAGCGUCUUUGAUAUCAAAUUCAACAACAAUUAUUGGCAAAUGUUCCGGUCGACGAACGGGACCUUUUACCUGUACGGAGCUUAUCACGACAACCGGGCGGCCGUCAAGACGCCAACGAUCCGCAUUCUGGGGAUGAUCGACCGGAUCGAGCCGACGGUCAAGACGCACUGCCUCCUGUGGUACGACGCGGCCAAGGACCCGAUCGUCAUGCCCGUCGUCGAGUACAAGUACGUCUGGAACCAGAAGUGGGGCAACUACAAGCAGGGACUCCUACAGCCCUACCUGAUGGCCUGCCACCUCCCGCUGCCGGCCGUGUUAGCCGCCAAGGGCUUCCGACCUGGCCAGGUCCCCAUUUCCGUCUCACUGACGGAAAAGGGCUGCGAGCCGCCCACCAACAACCUGCGCGUCAACAACAACGUCCCGGCCCAGAAGGGCCGCUUCGCCGUCUGCGUCAAGGGCCUGGACUUUCUGCGCGAAGAUCUCAGCGUCCGUCUGGUCGAGUGGAUCGAGUUGCUGGGCCUCCUGGGCGCCGACAAGAUCUUCCUCUACGAGCUGGAAGUCCAUCCCAACAUCUCCAAAGUGCUCAAGUACUACCAGGAGACGGGCCGGGUGGAAUUGACGCCCAUCACGCUGCCGGGCGAGCAGCCCAACACGCCCGGCCUGCGGCACAUGUACCUCAAGUCUAAGAUCACGUCCAAGCGCCAGAACGAGGUGAUCCCGUACAACGACUGCCUGUACCGCAACCUGCACAGCUACGACUACAUCGCCCUGAUGGACACAGACGAGGUGAUCCUGCCCAAGAACGUGCAGACGUGGGGCGAGCUGAUCGACGUGGUGGUGCCCAAAUCGCUGGCCGUGGCCAACUACACCCGGGCGUCGUACAAUUUCCGCAACGUCUACUUCUGGGACGACGCCGAGCACUCGCACCGCUGGGAGGCCAACAUCCCGCGUCACAUGCACAUGCUGCAGCACGUCUACCGCAGCUACAACUACACCAAGCCCAACCAGUACGUCAAGUGCUUCCACAACGUCCAGAAGAUCCUGACGCUGCACAAUCACUUCCCGCUGGCCUGCCUGGGCGGCGGCUGCACCUCGUACCCGGUCGAGCCCGAGACGGCCCACCUGCAGCACUACCGGGCCGACUGCGUCAGCACGCUCAAGAAGAGCUGCGACAGCGAGUACAAGCAGCACCUCGUCAAGGACACCAUCAUCUGGCGCUAUAAAGAAGAUCUGAUCCCGCGGGUCACCAAAGUCCUCAAGUCGCUCGGCUUUUUCGACGACAGCUUAGGCCAAGUGACUAACGGCCUGUAGUCCUAAAUGGACUUUGUCGGAUUCUAUUUUUAUCACGUCACAAUUGCACAUUAUCUGAUUUUUUUUAUUUUUUUAUUUUUGAAUAAGGAAAAAAUUAGUGUUUGGUUUUUACGCUUGUCGGUUCUUGUAAAUCACGUGCUGUUAGUCAGACGAGGGCUCAAGAUACGCAAUUCAGCAAUAACUUUUUAUUUUUUUUUUUUUAAUUUUUAUUUUUUUGUAAUGAAUGGCGCAAAAGAGAGAGAGAAAAGAUACGAGCGCUUAAUAUGCAAAUUUCUGAUUAUGCAUCGUCAGUCAAAUAGUCUAGGGAAAGCUCAAUGUCCCGCCACUUAUCAUUAGUUGGACGUCUCCGUAUGCUCAUUCGACCAUUCCUAUAAAAUAAUAACAUUUUUUGGGGGGGCGAAGUUUCAUCAGAACAAUUGGAAUCAAGUGGGAAUCGAGUCGACGUUUAAAAUUUUUUUAAAUAUGAAAAUAGGACGAAAUAGAGAAGACACGGUCGACGUAACGUCCAAGAGUCGAAUUUUUUUUUAAAUUCUAACCUUUUCCCGUCAUUGAAAUGAGCUAAACACGUACAGUGCGCACAACUUUUGGUUGUUCAUCGUUGAAAUAAAAAUGAUCCGUGUUUUUCAAUUUUUUUUUGUUACAUCACUCAGUGCUGAAUGUGAAUCACCUUAUAUUUGCCCAGUUUGAAUUUUUUUGUGAUUUUCUUUACAUAUAGCGUGAAUGAUUUUCAUCUACAAAAGAAGAAGAGAAAAAGAAGAAGAAAUAGAUUAUAAAGCUUUUUUAUUUGAUAAAAUAUGAAAUUUUUGAUUUUGUGUGUGUGUUUCCUGUUUUCUGACAAGUCUAAAACGUUGAUUAUCGGAGGAAAGACGCACGGCUCCGAUGAGACGACAACGCGUGCGAUGUGAUGUUUAAAAAUCUUGCGAACAAAAGCGAAUGGCUUGAUAUCCUUAAUUCUUUCUAUGACAAAAAAAAAUAAUAAUAAUUUCAUGAUAUACGUUUUUCUUUGAAAUAUCUGCAAGAUUCCAUUUGACAUGGCCACAACACACGUCCAUUGCCAAACCAUCAUUCAAAUAUUAUUUGAUAUGCGACCGCGCUUCGUUUGAAUUCACCCACAGUACCCGGUUCAGUCAUGUUCUUUUUUAUUUUUCCAAAAAUCCAUAAUUGGAAAUGACGACCGGAUUUUUAUUUACCAAUCUUUUUCGUUUAUUCUUUUUCUCGUGAGACACAUUUCUGUGAAAUGCACACACACGCCACACCCAAAUGAAAUCGCAAUUUGCUUAUUUGAUUUUUUUUUUUCGUCCACUGUUUUUCUGUAAAUGGUGUGUACGCUUCGUAAUGUACGAUUUAUUAUAUAUUUUUUUUUUGGUCUUCGUCUUCCCAUUUUUUUUUGGUCGUAUCUAUGCCUUAAUAGCCAACAUCCGCAAGCGUCGGCAAAUACAAUGUUUGAAAUACGUGUAUACAAUA